AUGUUCAAAUUACCUCUCCAAACCGCUCGUGUUGUCUCCAGAUCUGCACCAGUCUCUUUCAAGCGCCAGCUACGACCAAGCUCCAGCUCAGCGUCCGACCGCGCCGGGUACGUUGACCGAGCCGUCAACGAGCUCCAAGCUGCGCAGGGCGUCACGACUACCGGUCGCAUUGUCAACAAGAUAUGCACACGCCUCGCCAAUGAUAGAGCAACGACGCGUACAGAGCAGCUGAUCUGGCUUGCGAAACAUGCCCUCGAUACAUCAUCAGCACCCAAGCGCGACACUGAUAGCAGCAAGGCUUCGGUAUACCAGAAACCCCAAGAGAAGCAAGAAGAUGAGCAAAAGUCAACUGCACCUGAGGCGGACGGCAAACGUUCUUGGGAGGGCGUUUCCGCAUGGCCGCAUUUGUGGUAG